AUCUGUGUACAUUUAAUUUUAUUGUAGUGUUCUUAGCUUGUGUGUUUUUAUAUUUUUAUUUUAGUAAAGUUCUUUAGAAAAUGUACAGGUUUUAACUCAAUAGAAAUUAUUGUCAUAAAAAUGGCUAAAGAAGGGGAUAUGUCUCUUUUUAACGAUGUAUUAGAACCGUUUAGAAGGGUUAUAAAUACUGAUCCGCCAAAAGAAAAAUUGUCGGCGUCUUUGAAAUUGAAUUUCUCCGAUAGUAAUCAAUCUUUAAAAGAAGGUCUUUCUAACCUUCUUUCUCUGGGUAAAAGAAAGUCCAGUAUCGGAAUGGGUGACGUUUCCACUCCAGACAAGAGGAUGCGAACAGAGUCUACAUCAAAUGCAGGGUCAGUUCCUCCAUCCCCAUGGGAAGCGAAAAAGAUGAAGAUUGAUUUAAUAGCUGCUAAGGCUCAGAUCACAAGACUAGAAGCUCGUGUAAACCACCAGCAUACAAUUCGUAAGGAGAUGCAAAUUUUAUUUGAAGAGGAGAAAGGGUCUUUAAUAGAACAACACAAAAGGGAUGAGCGUGCUCUAGCUGAUAUGGAGGAGCGGCUACAAGUCAUAAGGCGUAGGGAGCAGGAGCUUAAAGAUGAAUUUAGUGAUGCUGUAAAGGAACAUAAAGAAAUGAAAGCAAAUUGGGAUAAAGACAAAUCAGAGCUACUAAAACAAAUAGCUGAAUUAAAAGAUAAACUGCUGGAAGCUAAUGUUAGUAGCAAAGAUCAGCUCUCCGAGAUGAAGAAGGACAUGGAUGAACUAUUGCAGGCAUUAGAAGGUGCUCAGUCUGAAGUGGAUAUUCUCAAAAAGGAGGUAGCAAAGCAAACUAGUAGAGCUGAACAAUGCACAUCUUUAAGGACUCAACUUGAGAAGCAGACAUUUGAACUACAACAGGUUACUAAUAAAUUGAAGGAAUUAGAGUAUGAGAAAGAUUCAUAUAAAGAUUGGCAGCAGCAGUCUAAGACCGCCCAAAAACGCCUUAGCAAUAUGGCGGAACUAGAGAAAGAAGUGACGCGACUUCGAGCUAAUGAGAGGUCACUACGAGAUGCAGUGUGUAAUAAGUUGCUGCUGGAAGAACAGGUUCAUGUGCUCACUACGAAAGUCGAGGCUUUACAACCGGUGCAACAGAAGCUACAUGAUGCUAAGGUUAAAAUUGCGUCAUUGGAAACUGCAUUAGAAGAGUGGAAGACAGCAGCACGCAACCACGGUGUGGAGAAUGCCCGCGCCCUCUCGUCUGCGCUCGAGGCAGCGCUCACUAGUCAAUUGACCGCUACCGCCGGCUGCUCGGAGGCACAGUCUAAACUGGCACAACUCACUGAGGAAGUGGCGACGGCGAAAUAUGAGCGCGACAAGACUGCAACAAAAUUGAAUGACCUUCAGACUGUGCGCAAGAACCAGGAAAGUCUCAUACAUAGGCUCCAGAAACGACUGCUACUCGUCACUAGAGAGAGAGAUAGCUAUAGACAGCAGCUGGACUGCUAUGAGAAGGAGCUCACAGUGACGCUGUCUGGUGAGGGAGGUGUAGGGGGUGCAGCCUUAGCGGCGGCGCGUGUAGAACAGUUAGAGAAGUCACUGCAGGCCUACCGUGACCUACUAGCUUCACUCGACCAGACCGCCCACACCAAGCAGGUGGAGAGUCUUCGAGCGGAGGUGAGCAAGUGGCGCGAGGAGGCGGAAUCACUGCGGCGUGACGUGCUUAAGUUACAGGCGCAGCGGGACGUCUUACAAGCGCAUCUAGAACGGCUGCACGCUCAGCCAGCCACCAAGGUGCUACAUAUGAUGGACAACCCGGCUGCUGCAGCACAGAAACAAAUUCAAACAGAUUUGGAGGCAGCCCAAGAGGAGAUAAAAAGGUUGACAGCAGCAUUACGAGAGGGGGGGAAUGUCGCGUGUCCAGAAGAAAUGCAGCAGUUAAAGCAGCAACUUGAGAAUAGCCGUAUUAAAUUAAAAAGAAUGAAGGAAGAAUACACAUCUUGUGCACAAGAGUAUAAAGAUGUUGUCUACAUGUUAUUAGGUUAUAAAAUUGAUAGGACUGGACAUAAUAAUUAUAGAAUUUCAAACAUGUAUGCAGAAUCCGCUGAAGAGUAUUUAACAUUCACUCUCUGUGAGGAUGGAAUAGAAAUGGUACAAACUGACUAUGCAGAAACAUUGUCCGAGCUAGUGGAGUUGCAUUUGCAACACCAUCACUCUAUACCUGUGUUUCUAAGUGCACUCACCAUGAACUUGUUUACGAGAACGACUAUGCAACAGGAUGCUCACGAGUGAAGUGUUAGUGAUUAUGUGCUCUGAAUUAAUUAAAUUUUUCUAACAUUGUUUUUUAUACCUGAGUGUAGAGUUGAGGACUUUAAAGAAUUCUAAGGUUAUGGAGACAUGGUAUUUAGCGUGGCGUUAUCAUACAGAACUGGCAAAAACAUGUGAUAUUGGUUAGUUGAUUACAAUUAUUUUGUUAUAACAUCUAAUUUAGUAAAAUAUAAAUAUGCAAAAUGCGUGCGGAAUCAACAAUAUUUAAUAUAAUUAUUUAUAUAGAUUUUACUCACAUAAUAAUUUCGAAAUGGUCAAAUUAGUUUUGGAUUUUAUAAGCCUUUAUUUAUAAAUAAGAUUUAUGGUUGUGUAGCGAGCAUCACUUAGGUAUAUUACCGUUAUGUAUUCACGAUAUUUAUUAUUCUACUAAAUAUAUUUAUUACGCACUCCGCGAAGUAAUAUAAUUACAUCUGAAUCCUUAGCUGUUACACGUUACUCGUCUACGCAUAACAAUCUACUUUCAAGACUCUUAUCGCGAAAAUCCAUGUUUCAAUAAGCUUUCAUACGUCAUAUCUUUCUAAAAUGUUACUCUUUACACGUUUCUUUAAACGAGAUCAAAGGAUUUUUCUAAUUAUGCUACAGUUUUACAACUGUACACAAUAGUCAAAUUUGCAAGGUAUAUUUACAAUUUACUAGGAUAUCCUUAAGUUUACCACUUUAAAAGUUACUAAUCGUGUUAACUGAAUGUGAGCUUCACUUAAUUAAAGAUUUCUUUGUGUAAUAUUAAGGACUGUAUUUUUUCUACUUUUGGGAAAAUGUAUAUGUUUUUUAAAACUUGCCAUGAUGGAUUUUCAUAUUUGUUCUAUUUUUUGGGGCAUUAUUAACACCAUGGUCAUGAGCUCAUAUGCGAUUUCCCUGGAAUGAAUUAUGUUGGUUGAUUAAAUUAUAUACAGUCCCUCAAGUAAGAGCGUAGUCAGCUUAAUUUGUAGAAAAGUUUAAUAUAAAUAAAAAAUAUAUAUAAAGUCAUUGUUCUUGAUUCAGGUGAGGAUGCAAUAAUAUUAAUAACACGUCCAGUCACCAUUGGCGUCGAUAAUUGCUUGGCAUCUCCUAGGCAUACUUUGGACCAAGUUUAUGGCGUAUUCGUGUAGUAAAGACCUCCAAAUGCCAGGGAUUUCUUGAGAUAACUGUUUUGAAGUGUAUACUCUCCUUCCACGAAACCUCCGCAUGACGUACGCCCAAACAUUUUCAAUUGGGUUGGCGUCGGGCAGUUGAGACGGCCAAUCCAAUAUGACAAUGCCAGACCGCUCCUUCCACUCAGCGCACUGUUUGCUACGGUGUUUGGGGUCGUUGUCUUCUUGUAAGAUCCACUCCUCAUUUUUGUUAAUGAACCAGCGGUUAGUAGCCGGUAACAAUGAUUUAUUAUAAAUUUUAAUCAUUUUUGAAGCAGUUAGAUUGUAGGUAAACAAGUUCAAUGGCCCAAAACCCUGUUCUGAGAAGUAACCCUAAAAAUUAAUCUUUACAGGUUGUUUUAUAGUCCGCUGUACCAAUUUGUUGUUGGGGGUUGACCAGACUCGAGGUAUGGAAAAUUAUGCUCAGACAGACGCUUCGUCUAAAAAAUUACAUUACUCCAAUCCCGAAUGACAUUUUCCUUCGCCCAGGCAAGUGGUUUCGUCAUUUAUUUUUCACUUAGUAAAGUUUUCUUUACUGUAGUGCGCUAUUUGAUGUCGUGAUCACGGAGAUGCUUAUGUAUAGUUUCAUAGGAUAUAUCAUACCCCUUUUGGCGCAAUUUUAUCUAUCUCUGUCGUAAUGUUAGAUUAAAAUUGCGCAAAAAUAAGUUUACUGUGACUUGAUCGACUUUAGGAGUUACUUGUCGAGCCACGUUCUAGCAAGUCGUCAACAGUUUUUGUCUCAUUAUACUGCUGUACCCAUUUCUGCACGAAUGGUUUUGACUUCCGCAUGUACUUGACAGUGGCUGUUUGCGACAUUUUCGGACCUUUAGGCUCAAAGGAACACAACCUUGUAACGCGAAGCGUACGCAACGCUCAUUGUGAGUAACGUGUUUCUGCGAUAAAUGAUCGACAUAAACUGAAACUUUCUCAACAAUACAUCAAGCAGAAAGGUGGCAUCUAUCGGCGUACAAAAGAAUUCGUCCGAUUCGUUUACUUAAAAAUGAGUUAUUCUGACUACGCUCUUAUUUGACAGAUUGUACAAUCGACUAGCGAUCCCCUCCGGCUUCACACUGGUGCAAUAUUUGUUUGUGUAACUUUUUAACUGUUCAACACAUUUUAGUAAGGUUGGUAUUUUGACGUGUGUGAAAGUACUGCACUAGUAUUCUUUAAGAUUUCAAAAUGAACGACCUAUUUAGGAAUAUGAUGCUCGUCCGUUUAUUAUAAUUCCUCCUACGCCCCUUAUCUUCAUGCCCUGCCUACUAUUCUCGCACUCAGUAGCCGCGAUAAUGCAAUAAUUUUACCGGUUUAUUGUUUAUAUUUCGCAUUAUUUUCAGACCAACCAAAUAAAUUAACAUGUUGUAAAAAGUAAACUUUAUCUCCAUGAAAUUUCCAAUUUGAUUUACCUAUUUGUUUUUAUAAAAGUUUGUAAAGUAUUCGUCAAAUUCGUAUCCAAACUUCGUAUCUUGUAAAAUUUAUUUACUUUUAACUUAAAAUCAUCUUUUUGGUUGAAAUAUUAAACUUAGAUAUAUGGUGUCGGGGACUUUUUUUGUAAAGCUAAAAGUAAUGAAAAUUUUUACUAUAGAUUUUAUUCCUUUAUUUCAAACCGUUCAGGCAGCGCACGCCUUAUUAUAAAAUUUUUACUAACUUUAAUUACAUUUAUUAUGAUUAAUUAUGCAAAAUAUAUACUUACAAAAAUAAAAAGUAGCCUAUAACACUUAGGCAUAAUUUUUAAAAA